AUGUCGUCCAACAAGAUGCUACUGGUCUUCUGUGAUGGUACCGGUAUGGAUGGGACUCUGUCCGAGCCAGACACGGACAAUCCGACUUUCUUUCUCAAGCCGCUAUUCCUAAAGGAGAAUUCUGAUCAUCAAGACGGAAGGAGACAAAUUGUGUUCUACCAGAGUGGUGUUGGCUCUGAAGCCGCUUUCAAUGGAGAUCCUGCUUUUGGGGGUCUCAUUCUGUCAUUGUUCGGUGUUGCCGUUGCAAGCAAAAUCAGGGAUGCAUACGCGUUCAUUUCUCAGAACUUCGAAGAGGGCGAUGAGAUUUGUAUCUUUGGGGGUGCAUACAGCGCACGCAAGCUCUCGGGUUUGAUUGAUCGAAUCGGACUGCUUUCACGUGUGAAUUUGGGCCAGCUUUUCGAGAUAUGGAGUGCUCUCGACGAGGACAAGACACCUACCAUCCCGUCCGACACGCGGAAGGUCAACAUCAGUUGCGUCGGGGUCUGGGAUACAGUAGGCUCCGUGUUCAGAGAAAACAACGCACUGAACAUCAAGGACAAUAGCCUCCCGGAAAGCGUAGACGUAGCCCUCCAUGCCCUAUCUUUCCACGAGAAUAGACUGCCUUUCUUGCCUACGUUGUGGGAGGAGCCGAAAGGAGGGCUCCGCAAGGGGCAGAUUCUCAAGCAACGCUGGUUCCCUGGAGCACAUGCCGAUGUCGGCGGCGGUUAUGAACACCACGAAUUAUCUGACAUUUCCCUCUUCUGGAUGGCGGGCGAGAUCCAGAACAUAGUCAACCUUGAUCUCGACUUCUUGCGCGCGAGUGCUCAGCGCAAUCCUGAUCCAUGGGGCACCUCCCAGCCACAUAACACCGACUUGGAGGUAAUGUUAGGGCUUCUACCCUGCACCCGCCUCACCGGUAAACGGAUCACUCCCAACUCGACGUUCCACGAGAGUCUGUUGUACUCUCCGGAUUCGCUGAAGGAACCACUCAACAUGAUCACGCUGGAUAUCGUGGAAGAGCACUUCGGGACCAGCUUCAUGCCUCAGUUUGCCCCGCUGAACGACUUCGAGCAGCAGUGCAAGGAUCAUUGGGGAGAGCUUCCGGUACGUGGUUCCCGCAUGGUUUCCGGUCUGAUUCUGAUUGUGUUUUGUAUAGAAGAUGAGACCUGGCCACGAGAUAUCUUGUCGUACUCUUCGGAGUCUGAGGAUAGGAUUAAGCUAAGGUCUCUCCUGACGGAGAACUUCGUGGCACCGAAGCAAGCCGCCGGUGCGUAUAUACGACAAGUGCUGCUCGUUUUCUGUGAUGGCACUGGCAUGGAUGGUAAUUUGUCUAAUUUUACUAAACUGGCGUAUGUUUUCCCGUUCCUCGUCGAGUUCGUAUUUUUUAAACUCAACGCCCAAUUCGCAGCGCUGGACAGGCCACAGACAACGUCCAGGUCCUCUUCAAGGAGCCAGGUGACUGCCCACAAUAAGUCUCCUCCAGAGGCUUCCGUUCGCUCACAGCAUGAGUUACCUGUCGCUGUCUUGGCUGUAGAGCUCAUGAACUCGAUAGCGGUGAGAGGAGGAUCAAGCACGCAGUUUGCCACGAAUGUUUUGCGCCUUUCUCGAGCUGUUUAUCCGUACACGGUUGAUAAAAGGAAACAAAUUGUGUUUUACCAGAGCGGUGUCGGUUCUGAAGCCAACUUCGCUGGUGACCAGGUGACUGGGACAACUGCUAUGCCGAGUAAGAUUCGCGAUGCAUAUGCGUUCAUUGCACAGAACUUCGAGGACGGAGACGAGAUCUGUCUCUUCGGGGGUGCCUAUACCGCAAGGAAGCUUGGUGGGCUGAUAGAUGCCAUCGGUUUGUUGACGCGGAAGAAUUUGGGACGCUUCUUCCAGAUAUGGCAUCAACUCACUGUCGGGGAGACUCCUACCAUCCCAUCGGAUACGAGAAAGACUCGCAUCAAGUGCCUCGGUGUUUGGGACACCGUCGGCUCCGUGUAUGGAGAAAUAGACGCGCUCAGUAUCACAGAUACCAGCCUUCCGGGCACUGUGGACGUUGCCCUCCAUGCUCUUUCCCUUCAGGAGAACAGAAAGAAAUUCCUACCAACACUGUGGGAGAAACCAAAGGGAGGUCUGGGUGCGAAUCAGAUUCUUAAACAGGUCUGGUUUGCAGGAGCGCACUCCGAUGUGGGCGGCGGAUAUGAACGGCACGAACUCGCAGACAUAGCUUUGUUCUGGAUGGCGAUCAGAAUCCUGAUAUGUAUUGGCAAGGGAGAAAUUAAGGGCUUCAUCAAUCUUGACCUCGAAUUCUUGCUGGCUAGCAAGCAGCCGCAGCCUCAACCAUGGGGCACGUCUCAGCCUCACAAUGCAUACGAGGAACUGCAGUUCUUGGAAAAACCAGUCAUUGGACAGGAGACUCGGCUCGAAAGCAAACAGAUCACCGCGGAUUCCGUCUUACACGCCAGCAUUGAGUUCUCUCCCCAGAAGCUGGACAGUCCAGAUUACAUGGUCACUCUGGACAUCCUGGUGAAAACGUUUGGCCCGUCUUUCAAGCCUCAGUACCCGCCUUUGAACGAGUUUGAGGAGUAUUGUAGAGACAACUGGAAGGAUCUGCCCAGGGGCAUACCCUAUCGUCCCGUCUUCGAACAACCGGGCGACUUGUUUGGGUUCUCUGCCGGGAGUGUGUGA